AUGGAUGCCAAGGUUCUGAGCCAUACCCUCGUCACUACCUCUACUCCAACAAAGUUACAGAGUUAUGUGCCGUCCCAACGAUACUGCACAGCUCCCAAUGUGGAAAUCGGAGAGUCGAAGACGAACCUGAUCAUCAAUUAUUUGCCGCAGGGCAUGACCCAAGAGGAAGUUCGAUCAUUGUUCUCGAGUGUCGGCGAAAUUGAGUCGUGUAAACUCGUUCGCGAUAAAAUGACAGGCCAGAGUCUUGGUUAUGGUUUUGUUAACUAUUGUCGCGAAGACGACGCCCUCAAGGCCGUCUCCUCCUUCAACGGACUCCGUCUACAGAACAAAACGAUCAAGGUUUCCUAUGCAAGGCCAAGUAAUGAAAACAUCAAAGGCUCCAAUCUUUAUGUAUCUGGCAUCCCAAAGUCGAUGACUUUGAACGAAUUGGAAGCGAUUUUCCGACCAUUUGGACAAAUCAUUACAUCACGAAUUCUAUCGGACAAUAUCACAGGCAGGUUUUUUUCCACUUUCAAGAGACUGUCGAAAGGUGUCGGCUUCGUUCGGUUCGACAAAAAAGAAGAGGCUGAGCUUGCUAUUCAAACUUUAAAUGGCACAAUACCACCCGGCUGUGUGGACCAGAUUACCGUGAAAUUCGCCAAUAAUCCUGCCACUAACACUGCUAAAAGCGUUCUACAAGAGCUUGAGGCAGCUCAGCAAGUAGCUGCUUCAAAUUUGGUGCCUCUUUCAUUACUGGGAGCUGCUGCUCCUCUUCGGUCUGCUAUUGGACCCAUACACCAUGCUCCUCUCGCAGCAAAAUAUAGGUACUCUCCUCUUGCACCUGCAAUACCAGGAGCUGCUGCACCCGCUUUGACAGCGCAAGCCACUGCUGAUUAUCUCACGACUAUGCUUCAAAUGAGCCAGAUGAAUGCACUGGCAGGUAUGGCAGCGGCAACUGCACCAGCAACCGCACAACUGGCUGCACUAACACCGACAGCCGCAGCUACAGAACCAGCAGGUUUCUGUCUUUUUGCAUACAACUUAGGACCGGACACCGAGGAUAGCCUCCUUUGGCAAUUAUUCGGACCUUUCGGAGCGGUUCUUAGCGUGAAGGUGAUCCGUGAUUUUGCCACGACCAAGUGUAAAGGCUACGCUUUUGUUACAAUGAUGAAUUAUGCGGACGCAUGUAAUGCGAUCGCAGCACUGAACGGCACUCAAAUCGCAGGACGAUCUCUACAGGUUGGCAUGGCUGGGAUCUCGCAAUGA